UAUUCUCACAUUACAGAAAGUAAUGAUAAUCAUCAUCAGCAUCUGCUCUUUGCAAGUGAAAACUUCACAAACUAAAAUGUCCAACUUCAAUUGCAAUGAUCAAACUGAAUUUGAAGUUUAUGCAAACUGUCUUGGGAAGGCUCUGUGCUAUAUUCCUACCCCAACAACAGUAGGCUUAUAUGCACCCUGGGGAUCUGGAAUCAACCAGCUUCUACACAAUGUACAAAAACAAAUGGUAGCGGAAGCACUUUGUCGAGAGAAGAAGGAAUUUUCAAGGACCCAGGAGAAACCUCGGACAACCUCUGGUCUUGGAUUUGUUUUCCUUUUGCUACAUUUGAUUUUCCUUAAGCCUCAGCUGACAGAACAGCAUGAAAAACGAAAAAAUUUCAGAUUCAUAUUUGUUAAAUUCAGUGCAUGGGAAUUUGCAGGCAGUGAUAAGUUGUGGGCUGGUCUCAUAACAACAUUGUGUGAUAACAUCAAAGACCAGUUUGGAAGCAUUCCAACUAGUAUCGUUAGGUCCCUGGGUCACCAGUCUACCUUAGAGAAAUGCAAAUUUGGUUCUGAAUGGGUGUCUAAAAAAAUCCUCCGAAUUCCAGUUUGGUUUAUUUUCAGUUUCCUCCUAUUACUAGCUCUGAUACUCACACUAGCCAUCUCAGUGUUUGGUGUUUCGAUUGCAGAGACGGGAAAUAAUUUUGCCUUAGCCCUUGAAGGUGUGGGUUUUGGACUAAUUGGAUGUUCUGCUCUCCUGACAAUGAAAAACUCCCUUGCAGUGGGCAGAAAUAUGAUAGUCAGUCAGAAGGCCAAAAUGGAAAGCCUAAUGAAUAAAACAGACUUCAGCGCUCAACUGGGGUUCAUGAAUGAUAUAAAGCAAGAAGUUAAAGUUCUUACAAACUUCAUCAAGUACAUUGAAAUCUUUGAACGUAGAAAGAUUAGGAUAGUCCUGGAAAUUAUGAGUCUUGAUAGGUGCACUCCAGAUAAAGUUGUUGGAGUCUUAGACGCUAUGAACAUCCUUCUUUCAGAUCCAGACGCUCCUUUUAUUUCAGUGCUGGCUGUUGACCCUAGCAUCAUUGUAGCCUGUGUGGAGAAAUCUAAUACUUUCAAAGGUAUGGCAGACAAUGGCUAUGAGUUCCUGAACAGAAUUGUGACACUACCAUUUUGUGUCCCCCAGAUGGAUGCUCAAACCAAACUCAACUUUAUAAAGCAGGUAGUGGAAGGCAAGAAUGCCCUAAUGGAAGAUACUCCAAUGCAGUUUCAAAGACAUGAAGCAGGCAAGUUUCAGGGAAACUCUAUGGAAGCUGUGCCAUUGAUGAAUGUUUCAUGUGAAGAGAACCAUCCUUCUAAACAAAGAAAUGGCAAAAUGAAACCAAGUCACUAUAUUCAACAGGCCUAUCAGUGCUUAAUGGACAGAGAGAGCAACCUUCAUGAGUACAUUGAGGAGAACUUCCUACAAAUGAGGAGGAUAGUAAACAUAAUUCCAAUUAUGACUGCACUCAUGUUUGAAAGAAAUAUUUCAAUGAGUUCAUUUUCCCCUCAGAGAAUCGCUGCAUGGGUUAUUUUAGCCACCUGCUGGCCAUGUCGCCUCAGCUGGAUCUGGCAAUGCUUGGAAGAUGCAGAACAAAGGAAAGAGUUAAAUGAAGAAAAGAAUAUUAAUGAUGAGAUGCUAUUGUGGACCAUUUAUGAAAACUCCUCAGACAAAUUGACAUUAAUACAACCCAGCAUUGAUAAAUUAUUGACACUGGAUGGAGAUCCUGAAAUCUUUCAGAAGUUUUUAUCAAUCAGCUAUAAAUUCACCAUUAAGGAUGCAAAAAUAAUCCUGCCAUACACAAUUAAUCUAGAUUCUUCUUUAAAGAGAAAGAUGGAAUUACUUCUUGGAAGCAAAUUAUUAGGGAGAAGAGCAACCUCAUCUUCUGAAAAUGUUACAAGGCCUGAAUGGAAGUCAGAAUAAGAGGGAAAUGAUAAAAUGUUCAACACUUAAAAUCUUACUUCUGUACAAGCUGAUGAUAACUUUAGUACACCAGCACUACUGUUAAAUCAGGCUGACUCAAACAUACAAUAGUAAUAAAGGAUUUGAGGCAGUCAAGAAAGUAUUUUCCAAUGAAUUGAACAUUCAGAGAAUACCUGGGUAAUUGUGCCAUCAAACAGAACAUUUUUUGCAUUGCAGAAUUUUCAGUAGUUUAGUUACAUUUCACUGUUUUUGUUGCUGGUUUAGUUACAAUUCACACCUUUGACAGAAGUGAUUUUUCAAACUGCUCAAACUAAUGUGCGAAUACAUUAACAUUAGUAUGUUGUACUCUUCCCUCUGAUAUUGCAGCUUGAAUUCCAACUCCAAAGAUUUGAACAUAGAAGAACUGUGCUGAUACUUUCAAACAGUCUGAGGGAGCACUGCACUAUUGAAAGUUCUGUCAGUCAGAUUGGAUUUAUUCCUUUAAGUUUGAUAUGAAAGAUUCCAUAGAAUGUGAAAUAUUCCAAAGAAACCUUUACUGCAGUUAUUUUUGUGCUACUGCCAGAGUUUAUAAUAGCAGUUACAAGGUCAUUUGUCAUUGGUAAAAUGUUAGAAUCUAUUAUAAAGGAUAUAAUAGCAGAGCAUUUAGAAAAUCAUUAUCUAAUCAAGCAGAUUCAGUAUGGCUUCAUGAAGGAGAAAUCAUGUCUGACAAACUUAUUACAGUUCUUUGAAGUGAUAGUAACAUAACAGCAUCGAAAAUAGGAGCAGGAGUAGGCCAUGUUCCUGCUUUUUCUCCAUACCCUUUGAUUACAUUAGCUUUAUGAACUAAAUCUAACUGCUUUUGAACAUUCAAUGUCGUGGCCUCAAAUGUUUUCUGUGACAGAGAAUUCCACAGGUUCACCACUGUCUGGAUGAAGAAAUUUCUCCUGACCUCGGUCUUAAAUCACCCACCUCAUAUCCUGAGACUCUGAUCCCAAGUUUUGGACUUCCUGAUCAUUGGAAACAAUCUUCUUGUGUUAACCCAGUGUAGUCCUAUUAGAAUUCUUUAUAUUUUAUUGAGAUUCACCCUCCUAGACUUAGUACCACCAACUAAAGCAAAUAACUUUUCCUUGUCUACUUUAUCUUAACCUGUCAUAAUCUUGUACACUUCCAUCAAAUCUCCCCUCAAUCUUCUUUGUUCCAAGGAAAACAACCACAGCUUUAGUGACAUAAUCUUGUAACUAAAAUCCCUCUUCCAUGGGACAAUUCUAGCCAACAGAAUGCUAUGGUACAGGGAAACUGGUGUUUCCUUGUGAAUGAAUCACAAAAUAUUAACAUCAAGAUGGAGCAAGAAGUAAUUAGGAAGAUAAAUGAAAUGCUGGCCUUCAUUGCAAAUGCAAUUUAAAGUAUCAAACGCAUCCGCCAGGCCACAGUUUUGGUCACCCUAUUAAAAGGGAUAUGCUUGCAUUGAAACAGUUCGGAAGGUUCACCUUCAUGAGGUUCAUGAGAUGUGUGAGGAUUGCCCAUAACUGAGCAGCACAAAAUGGUUGAUAGACGUUGAUGGCAAAAGCAGUUAAAAACAUGGCUGAUGCUGCAGUCUUAGGAAGCUUGGGAAAAUAUUUGCUUUAUGGAGCCUGCAUAAAUAGAAACAACCAUAGCUUGGUCAGGCCAAGAUACAGAAUUGAGAUAGUAUUUUUUACAGUUUUUAAUGCAACUGCAGCUGUUUAUGCAGGAGACAUAGACAAGAACAUUUCAUAUAAGAAUUCUACUCUUAAUUAGUGAAUCUUUAAUUAGUCAAUCUGUUACAAAGUAAUAGAUUUUAGAUUCUUUGAAUAAUCAUAGAUAUAGAUUCUUAAGUAGUUAUAGAUUCAUUUACAUACAUAAAUCACCAAAAGCAUUAAACAGAGAUUGAGAUUUCAUUAAGCAACCUUGUCUCAGACAGUGAACAGCAUCCCCCAUAUUAUUGCCAGGAGAAAUGAAUCACAGAUGGAGAAACUAGCAGAUUUUGGAAUGUGGGUUGAAAGAACACAUUGUAAGAGACCCAAGGAUAAAAAUGGGGAUGUCUUGUAAAUACGAUGGGACUAUGAGAAAGUUUGAACAUGUCUCCAGAGCUGUCCAUCAUUGAUCAGACAGGUACAUGAUUUAUUUGAUUGAAUGUAUAUGUAAUUAAUUAACAAAAUGAUUGAUCUGUAAAUGUAAAAGGUAGGAUAAAAAUAAAUACAUAAGAAUGCAUGUUUUUCCUUUGUUUGUUGAAGAAGCCGCUGAUUCCCUCUGGUGUAAUUUUAAUAAACUCUUUGA